AUGGUGAACCGACGACUGACUCAACACCUAUCCGAAAACCAUCUGCUAGACUUCCGACAACACGCGUUCCGAUCUGGCUGCGGGACCAACACAUAUCUGGCCACCCUGAGCCAUGCUCUAAACGAAGCAAGGACGGAAAACCUGCACACUGAACUAGCGGCACUGGACAUUGCCAAAGCAUAUAACCGAGCUUGGACCCCGGCAGUUCUGCAGCAGCUGUACAGAUGGGGCAUCGCAGGCCACAUGCUUCACUUCGUGAAGGGUUUCCUGAGCCAUCGUUCUUUCCGAGUAAUAGUUGGAAAUCAAAAAUCGAGAGAAUUCGCCGAAGAAACCGGAGUUCCCCAAGGGUCCGUGUUAGCCGUGACACUUUUCCUGGUAAAAAUGAACAGCAUUUUCGAGAACCUACCAAGGGGCAUCCGUGUUUUCGUAUACGUGGACGACGUGAUGCUAAUGGUAAUGGGCGCCUCCAUCAAGCUUGUUAGACGGAAGCUCGCCCAAGCCAUUUCAUGGGUGGCGAAGUGGGCCUCCUCAGUGGGCUUCCAACUAUCUCCAUCUAAGAGCGAGUUUACCCACAUAUGUAAUACAAAUCACAGAAUUAGUAACACCCCGAUCCGGAUCCAAGGAACAAUCAUCCCAAGACGAAAAACAAUCCGGAUUCUCGGAGUCACCGUAGACCGUAAAUUGUCUUUCAGCCAGCACUGCGAUAGAGUCAAAAAUGAUUGCCAAAGUCGUAUCAACUUACUUAGAUGCCUUGCCGGUCGACACACGAACUCUAAUCGGACAACGAGGAUGAACGUCUGUAAUGCUAUAGUAAACUCCCGCCUAUCCUAUGGAUUGGAACUCACGGUAUUGGGUAUCCAGACCCUACUGGACAAAAUCGAUCCCACAUACAAUCGCGCCAUCCGCACUACCUCCGGUCUUCUCCCGUCUACCCCCGCAGACGCAGCUUGCGCUGAGAGUGGCAUACUCCCGUUCCGGUUCUAUAUAAGGAAAACAUUAUGUCACCGUGCGAUCGGAUUUUUAAAUAAGACAGAAGGAUCGAACGGGGAAGGUUUUCUCCUUGUUGAGGCUAACCGCCUCCUCCAGGAAACAACCGGUCAGAAACUUCCGCCGAUAUUCGGAAUCCAAUGGAAUGGAUCGAGAAGCUGGAAUAUGAAACGAUUAAAAAUGGAUACAACGAUAAAGGACCACUACAAGGCCGGUUCUAACCCCAUAGCCGUUCGGAAACAUAUUGCGGAACUUUUAAAUACCCGGUACGCGGAACACACUGUUCGCUACUCGGAUGGCUCCAAAGCCUCAAAAAGAGUCGGGAUAGGAGUGACAGGUCCAGACAUAUCUACCUGUCAUCGCCUUCCAGACGCUUGCAACGUCUUUUCAGCAGAGGCGAUCGCAGCGUACAUUGCUGCAACCCAUCCAUCGGACAGUCCCGUCCUGGUGCUGUCCGACUCGGCCAGUGUGAUAUCAGCGAUUGACUCGGAAAGACCGACACACCCGUGGAUUCAACAAAUCCUCAUGGACACACCUCCAGAUACCACAUUCAUGUGGAUACCGGGCCACUCUGGAAUACCCGGGAACGAAGAAGCGGAUCGUCUUGCAGCAUCGGGUCGACGAAGGGCACACUUCACAAGUCUAGUUCCGGCAGAUGACGUGAAAACAUGGGUGUCCAAACAAAUUGAGCAGAGAUGGGCUCAAGAAUGGUACGACGCUGGUCGACGUGGAACUCGGGAAUCCUUUCUACGCAAGAUUAAAGCGACAAUCUCUAAAUGGGAGGAUCCCCGGGGACACCGCGAUCAGCAGAUUAUUUCCAGACUCAGAACCGGGCAUGCCGCUUUUGCCUACAACAUGGGCGGAAACAGAGACAGCUUCCGAAUUCAAUGCGGUUUGUGCCGCAGUCACCAGUCAGUAGAACAUGUUUUAUGUCACUUUCCACAAUACGAUGGGUCAAGAACACUACACGGGGUCCCUGGAAAUAUCAGAGACGUUUUAGGCAAUGACACAUCCACAAUUGCUGCAGUGAUUGCAUACUUAAAAGAUAACAACAUGUACAACCGGACGUAA